AUCAAUCCACUCAGCAGCGACUACCACAAAUCAACUAAUCAACUAUAACAGACUAUAACAUUAAACAAACAUAUUUACUUUAUUAUAUCUCUAUCUCUCGAUCAUCAUCAUCUGAUCUAUCACUCUGGUCUUAAUCCAAAACCCUUGGCCCUCUCUUGAGCCUAGUCUCAUUCGUCAUGUCAGAAUUACGACCAAUAGCGUUUUGUGAACAUGUUCAGCUUACAGCCUUGGGUGUCCAACCCGCCUCCAUUGGCUUCAACACACUCACCAUGGAAUCUGAACGCUACGUGUGUGUACGAGAAGAAGUCAAUGGCGCUAAACAGGUUAUCAUCAUCGAUCUAGCCGAUGCCAAUAAUGUGAUUAGAAGACCUAUUAGUGCAGAGAGUGCUAUAAUGCAUCCAGUCCAAAAAAUUAUCGCUCUUAGAGCUCAACGUUCGUUGCAAGUCUUUAAUAUUGAACUCAAGGCGAAAGUCAAAUCACAUGUCAUGCAUGAAGACGUGACAUUCUGGAAGUGGAUCAACGAUACAACUCUGGGUAUCGUCACGGAGACUUCUGUUUAUCAUUGGCCAGCUCUGGAUGCUACAACUGCUCCAGUAAAAGUCUUCGAUCGCAACGCAACAUUGUCCGGUCAUCAGAUCAUCAAUUAUCGGGCAUCUUCUGACGAAAAAUGGCUAGUACUGAUCGGUAUCAGUGGUAAUCCAAGUAAUCCUGCUGCCUUCAAAGUCAAAGGAAGCAUGCAACUAUACAACAAGGAUCGCGGGGUUAGUCAAUCGAUCGAAGGACAUGCGGCCUGUUUCGCCGAUCUUAGAUUGGAUGGUGCUACCAUGGAUAGCAAGCUGUUUGCUUUUGCUGUCCGGACAGCUGCAGGGGCUAAGGCAAGUCUGCACAUUGUUGAGAUUGACCACCAAGCUGGUCAACCUGUAUUCGCUAAGAAGGCAGUUGAUGUCUUUUUCCCUGCCGAGGCUCCGAACGACUUUCCGGUGGCCAUGCAGCUUUCAAAACGACACAAAAUCCUCUAUAUGGCUACCAAAUAUGGUUUCCUUCAUCUUUACGACCUCGAGACCGCCGCCUGUCUGUAUAUGAACCGGAUAUCUGGUGAAACUAUCUUUGUCACAGCCGAACACGAGUCUAGUUCGGGUAUUAUUGGUGUAAAUCGUAAAGGACAGGUCAUUUCGGUUACCGUCGAUGAAGACACCAUCGUUCCAUUCAUCCUCCAAACUCUCAACAACCCCGAGCUGGCCAUCAAACUGGCAUCAAGGGCCGAUCUACCCGGAGCUGAUGACAUCUACAUCCAGCAGUUCCAACAACUCUUCUCUACCGGACAAUUCUCAGAAGCUGCCAAAAUUGCAGCCAAUUCUCCUCGUGGAAUUUUAAGAACACCACAAACCAUCGAUCAAUUCAAGAACGUGCCCGUCCAACCUGGCCAAUUGAGUCCUAUUCUACAAUAUUUCGGUAUCUUAUUGGAAAGAGGAAGAUUGAACAAGUACGAAAGUUUAGAACUUGCUAGACCGGUUUUGGUACAAGGUCGGAAACAGCUUCUCGAAAAGUGGCUCAAGGAGGACAAGUUGGAUUGUGGAGAAGAAUUAGGUGACAUUGUUCGCGCGCAUGACAUGAACCUUGCUCUCAGUGUGUAUUUGAGAGCUAACGUCCCCAAUAAAGUUUGUGCAUGUUUCGCCGAAACCGGCCAAUUCAAUAAGAUCGUCGUUUACGCCAAACGAGUCGGGUUUCAACCCGAUUAUGCUUCAUUAUUACAGCAUAUCACUCGUCUCAAUCCGGAUCAAGGAUCGGAAUUUGCUACUUCACUUGUUAAUGAUGAAACUGGUCCCUUGGUCGAUGUGGAGCGAGUGAUAGACAUAUUCAUGGGUCAAAAUAUGCUACAACAGGCUACGAGCUUUUUGUUGGACGCCUUGAAGGAGAACAAACCCGAACAAGGCCAUUUACAAACGAGAUUGCUCGAGAUGAAUCUAUUGAACGCCCCUCAAGUUGCCGACGCCAUACUGGGUAAUGAGAUGUUUAGUCAUUAUGAUCGUCCCAGCAUUGCCAACUUGUGUGAAAAGGCUGGGCUAUUACAACGGGCUUUGGAGCAUUAUGAAGAUAUCGGGGACAUCAAACGAGUAUUGGUUCACACUAACCUUCUGAACGCGGACUGGCUAGUUAAUUACUUUGGCAAAUUGACAGUAGAUCAGACUGUCGACUGUUUCAACGAGAUGCUGAAGGUCAACAUACGACAGAAUCUCCAGAUCGUGGUCCAAGCAGCAACGAAAUACUCUGAUUUAGUAGGACCGGUUCGCCUGAUAGAAAUGUUCGAAUCCUAUAAAACCUUCGAAGGUUUAUACUAUUACCUCGGCUCGAUUGUAAACCUUAGCACCGACCCCGAAGUUCAUUUCAAGUAUAUUCAAGCUGCUACCAGAACUGGUCAGAUCCGUGAGGUGGAAAGAAUCUGUCGAGAAUCAAAUUACUACCAACCUGAAAAAGUCAAGAAUUUCUUGAAGGAAGCAAAACUCUCCGAUCAGCUUCCUUUAAUUAUUGUUUGCGAUCGAUACGAUUUUGUUCACGAUUUAGUUUUGUACCUUUACCAAAACGGCCUUACCAACUUUAUCGAAGUAUACGUUCAAAAGGUCAACUCGCAAAGGGCUCCUCAAGUUGUGGGUGGAUUGCUAGAUGUCGAUGCAGACGAGAUGAUGAUCAAGAACUUAUUGGCAUCAGUUAACGGACCGAUUCCUGUCGAUGAGCUCGUUGAGGAGGUCGAAAAGAGGAACCGAUUGAAGCUGAUCUUACCAUGGCUUGAAUCCAGAAUUGCUAUGGGUCAACAAGACGCUGCCAUUUACAACGCUAUGGCGAAGAUCUUGAUCGACAGCAACAACAAUCCCGAAGCAUUCCUCAAAGAAAACAACAUCUAUGAUCCUUUGGUUGUCGGUCGAUACUGUGAAAAACGGGAUCCAACUCUAGCGUAUAUCGCAUAUGCCAAAGGAUUCUGUGACGAGGACUUGAUUCGCCUCACUAACGAAAAUUCUAUGUUCAAGCAUCAAGCCCGAUACUUGGUUAAACGACGCGAAUUGGAUUUGUGGGCGCAGGUUCUCCAACCUGAUAAUAUGUAUAAGCGUCAGCUAGUAGAUCAAGUUGUGUCUACCGCCGUACCCGAUAGCCAAAAUCCUGAAGACGUUUCAGUCACUGUGAAGGCAUUUUUGGCGGCCGAUUUACCUAUUGAAUUGAUAGAACUUUUGGAAAAGAUUGUACUCGAACCCACGGCGUUCAGUGAUAAUGCCAAUCUGAAGAAACUUUUGAUUUUAACGGCAAUCCGAUCUGAGAAAGGAAAGGUUAUGACUUACAUAGAUAAAUUGGAUGGUUAUGAUGUGCAAGAGAUCGCUGGAAUUGCUAUUGAAGCUGGUUUACAUGAAGAAGCUUUUACUGUCUACCGCAAACACGAAGCGCAUCUUGAUGCAAUCAACGUUUUGGUCGAGUAUAUCGUCAGCAUCGACCGAGCAUCACAAUACGCCACUAAAGUCAACGAACCUGCCGUAUGGAGUCGAUUGGGUAAAGCUCAACUUGACGGUUUGCGUAUCAAGGACGCCAUCGAUUCUUACAUCAAAGCUGACGACCCAACCAAUUACAUGGAGGUGAUCGAAACCGCCAACCGAGCCGGAAAACACGAUGACGUCGUCCGAUACCUUCAAAUGGCCAGAAAGACACUCCGAGAGCCCAAGAUCGAUACAGAACUUUGCGUAGCUUACGCCAAAACGGAUCGUCUUCACGAUAUGGAGGAGUUCCUUGCAAUGACAAAUGUAGCUGAUCAACUCACUGCCGGUGAACAGGUCUUUGAAGCUGGCUUGUAUGAUGCUGCUCGUCUAUUGUUUUCAGCUAUCUCCAAUUGGGCUAGAUUGGCAACGACUUUGAUUUACUUGGGCGAGACACAAGCAGCUGUAGAUUGUGCUAGAAAAGCGGGCAAUACUCAAGUAUGGAAACAGGUCAACUCUGCUUGCAUUGACAAGAACGAAUUCCGACUCGCUCAAGUUUGUGGUUUGAAUCUUAUCAUUCAUGCCGAGGAAUUACACGCACUCGUCAAACUGUACGAGCAGAGAGGGUAUUUUGAAGAAUUGAUCCUGCUUCUUGAAGCUGGUUUGGGUCUGGAACGUGCUCAUAUGGGCAUGUUCACCGAGCUUUCAAUUCUUUAUGCCAAGUACAAGCCGGCCCGACUUAUGGAGCAUCUCAAACUCUUUUGGUCAAGAAUCAAUAUCCCCAAGGUUAUUCGAGCCACUGAACAGGCUCAUCUUUGGUCGGAGUUGGUCUUCCUUUAUGUUCAUUACGACGAGUUUGAUAAUGCGGUACUUGCCAUGAUGGAGAGAUCGGCAGAUGCAUGGGACCAUAGCCAAUUUAAAGAAGUCAUUGUAAAAGUUGCGAACGUGGAGCUGUAUUACAAGUCGUUGUCGUUUUACUUGCAAGAACAGCCUACUUUGUUGACUGAUUUAUUGACGGUGCUGGUACCCCGAAUCGAUCACACUCGAGUAGUCAAGAUGUUUCAAAAGACUGACAAUCUACCGUUAAUCAAGCCAUACCUCAUUGCUGUUCAACAUCUAGAUCUACCUGCCAUCAACGAAGCGUAUCACGAAUUGUUAAUAGAAGAAGAGGAUUACGCCACACUUCGUGACUCACUAUCGAAUCAUGAGAACUUUGAUCAAGUCAGUCUAGCUAGAAGAUUAGAGGCGCAUGAAUUAUUAGAAUUCCGAAGAUUGGCUGCACUGUUGUAUGCCAAGAAUAGGAAGUUUGAAGAAUCGAUUGCACUUAGUAAAGAAGAUAAAUUAUUUAAAGAUGCGAUGAUCACUGCUGCGACAUCUGCUUCAUCAGAGAUUGUAGAAGAAUUAGUUGAAUAUUUUGUGAAGAUUGGUAAUAAGGAAUGUUUUGCUGCUUGUCUUUUUAUUUGUUAUGAUUUUAUUCGAGCUGAUGUAGUUGAAGAUCUUCAAUGGAGACAUGCUUUGAACGAUUAUGUGAUGCCUUAUCGAUUACAAAAAUCGAGGGAUCAGAGUAACCGGAUUGAACAACUUGAACGUCAAGUGAAGGAGUUAUCAGUCAAGUCAGCAAAAGCAUCAGAAGAUGAUGAAUCAAAACCCAUCAUUGGACCUGGAUUCGGAGGUCGAUUGAUGUUGACGGCAGGACCUUCAAAUGGGAUGAUGGCAGCUCAACAUACUGGAUACGGAAGUCAAGCUGGCGGUCCAGGUAUGAUGGGACCUCAGUUCACCGGCAUGCCAGGGAUGAUGGGCUUCUAAAGAAACACAACCAACGGAGCUGGCAAGUAAAGAAUGGGUUUUCGAAUCUGUGUUUUACUUUAACGUAACCCCCACGCGGACAUGAUUGUUUUUUUAUUCACGAGUGUCCGAUUCAUAGUUUAUGUUUUCUUUUGAUCAUCAUUAUCAUGUGUGUCAACAAUGUGAUUGUGUGAUUGUGUGUGUGUGAUUGUGAUUGUUUUGUUUUUAUGAUGAAUGUGCAAUUUGGGGGUUUUCCAAAAAAAGAAAAAAUGUGAUUUGAUCUUACUAAUUUUGAAAUUUUGUACUUUGAAAGUUUUUGUUUCUCUUUCCUAGAUUUUCAUCAUCUCUUUAGUGAUCAGUCAAAAACAAGGGAUUUUUUUUAUUAAAUGCUUGAAUUGAUUUUUGAAACCUCAAAUUCAUAGAAACUUUUGGUUUGUUUUCUUAAAUUAACUUAUUUGUUUUUGGAUGUGAUAAAGGUUAGGGUGGUGUUGAUAAAGGGGGUAGAUUUGAAGAGUUAUGGAAAAAGAAAUUGAAUGAUUAUGAUUUGAGUUGAUAUGAUUGUCU